AUGCAGAGCGUAACAAACUCAUCUCCGUCGCCAGAAGCGAUACUAGAAUGGCUCCAGAAAGAAAUGGGAUACCGAAACAAACCCCACGUACCUUCCCUUGAUUCCGUUGGAAAGAUAUGUAGAGGGAACAUGAUACCAAUUUGGGAGUUUUUAAUGAACCGAGUGAAGUCUGAGAAGACUGUUGAUAGCAUUAGGCGUAACAUCACUGUUCAUGGUGAGGGUAGUGAUAGUGUGGAUUUAGUUAAGGAGGAGAUUUUGAGUGGUGUUGAGAGUAGAGAGGGUGCGUUGGGUGAGAGAGAGGUGGCUGUGAAGGAUGUGGAGAGGUUGAGGAGUGUUGUGAGGAGGCAAAGGAAGGGAUUGAGAGAUAGGAUGUUGGAGGUUUCGAGAGAGGAAGGUGAGAGGAAGAGGAUGCUUGAUGAGAGGGAUAGUUAA